ACAUAUUCAAAGCGUAUGUCAGUUUCUUAUCAAAAAGACACAACCAAAAAAAGUUUGUCUGUUUCUCUUGCUUCUAGGCGCAACAACUACCAAACGUCCAUCACAGAAUUGAAUCUGGACAACUGCAGGAGUACAAGCAUUGUUGGCCUUACAGAUGAAUAUACCGCCUUGGAAACAUUAAGUUUGAUCAAUGUGGGCCUCACCACACUCAAAGGUUUCCCCAAGUUGCCCAAUUUAAAGAAAUUGGAAUUAUCCGAUAAUAGAAUUUCGAAUGGCCUCAACUAUCUAACGACCAGCCCACGAUUACAAUAUUUAAAUUUAUCUGGCAACAAAAUCAAGGACUUGGAAACGUUGAAACCAUUGGAGGAAUUCAAAAAUCUGGCUGUCCUGGAUCUAUUCAAUAAUGAUGCCACUCAAGUGGAAAACUAUCGUGAGAAAAUCUUCAAGAUGUUACCAUCUUUAAGCUUUCUCGAUGGAUUCGAUUGUAACGAUGAGGAGGCGCAAUCGGAGGGCGAUGACGAUGAGGAGGAUGAUAAGGAUGACGAUGAGCGCAGUGCCUUCUGUGUUAAUGGUUUAGAAAUCGAUUUAGACGAGCUCGAGGCAUUGGAGCAGCGUGUUAAGGCCAAGAAACGUUUGCAGGAAACGACAGACGGUGCCAGCACGUCCAAGCCGCCUGCCGACGACAAUGAAGUAGACGAAUUAGAUGAAUAUUUAAAAGAAUUGCAGCUAAAAGAAUCGACGGCAGCUGCCAGUCAAUCUGUGAUAGAGGCUAACCCAGCCUCAGUUCAGCCCCAUCCAAGCACAAAUUUUGCAAUUUUACUCUAUUGGUUUUUAGCAAUAUUAAAUCUGGCAAAUGCCGCCUAUUUUUCCGGCUACGAUGAUGGCGACAGCGAUGAAAGCGACGACGAGGACAAUGGCGAUGUUUCACUCUCGGAGGUCUAUAAUGAUGAUCUAGAAGAAGACAAUUCCGAUUGGGAGGAAGGUGAGGGCGGCGAUGACGAUGAGGACGAGGAUUCCGAUAUUGAUGAGGCCGAUGGCGAGCCAAAUGAAUCGACUGCAUCGGUCAAUGCCAAUGAGAAGGAUGCUGAAAAGCCAGCAGAAGAGUCGCAAGCCAGGGGCAAGAAGAGAAAGCAUGAUGGUUAAACAGCAUGAUCUACAACUGUAUCGUCUUUGUACGUUAUAAAUUUAAAUAUAUAUACACCAAUACACACACACAUACAAAAUUCAGCAACAGGAACACACAUCAUAUUUUGAUAAAACAAAAGUGAAAAAUAAAACAACAACAAAGGAAAGAGGAGAAAAAUAAGAAGAGGGCCCCAUUAGAAAAAGAUUUAAACAAAAAAAAACUACAUUUGUUUCGUUACAUUUUAAGCUAAAUAUUCUAAACACCCGACAAAACAAAACAAAAUGUAAUAAUCAAAAGAUAAACAAAAGAUGGUAACUAUUAAGGGAAUACUAAAAACCACACAACAAUAACAUAAACAACACACACACACACAACUAUAGCAAACGAACCCAAAUGUGGAAGUUCUACAAAUAACAAACAAAAUAAAAAAAGGGAAAAUAAAAAAAAAACACAAACAAGAAAAUAGAUGGUUCCAAUUAAAUUCUUUUGGCAAUUGAAUUUGCAUUCUGAACACAUUGUAAAAUUGCUUAGCAUUAAGUUAAAAGUUUACCAAUAUAUGAUUACAAAAGUGUAAAAUUAAAAAGAAAGCCCACAAUUUACAUGAUGAUAAUGUUACAUUUGAACAAACAAAAUUUGCUAACUUGCGCCUAAAGAUGAUUCCUAUCCGUUUUAAAUUGAAUUAUUUUUUAAAAAUCAUUUGCUGCUUCUAUUUGGUUUCGUGUUACAAACAAAUUCUACAAACAUAAUUACUGCUAAGAAGGAUUUUUAACUAACUCUUAAGUCAUUCCUUUUUGAAUAUAUAUAUACACACACACACACAUAAAUUAGUUAAGCGCAAUUAUAAUUUAUACUUCCUUUUAUAAUAUGAUAAUGUCAACACAAUUAUUAUUCAUUGUUACCCACAUCCAUUCUCUAUAUACACGCAAAUUUGUUUAAACUCUAAACAUACUUUUAAGUACGUAAACUAUAUUAUCAAACAGAUUUGUUCCCAGUUCUUCAAAGGCAGUAAUAGCAUGUUUCGAUUACGGCAAGUAAAUGCAAUAUACACAACAUUUUAGACAAGAAUAUAUAUAUAUAUAUUUUUUCAUUUCAUUAAACAACAACUAUAAAUGCAAUACGUUUGUUCAGGUACAGGCAAAUUGUAUAAACACCGAAAGCGAAACCGAAAUACAUAAAAA